UCUCUGAUCAGGUCUCAAGAGCAGCUGUUGACUGAUCCAAUGGUUUCCAAGAAAGACGAGGAGUAUGUCGCCACGACGGUGAGAGGCGAUGAGAGUGAGGGAGCUGCUUCCCCGCCUACAUACGACAAUGCCGUUGUCCAGCAGGAGAAUACUUAUGCGUACGAUGAUUCGAGGAAACUUGGGGUCACGGGCUCGGUGUUUUUGAUUCUGAACAAGAUGAUCGGAACUGGAAUUUUCUCCACGCCUUCAGGUAUUUUUGCUGCUACAGGCUCAGUGGGCGUCUGCUUGUUCCUGUGGAUUAUCGGUGGAAUUCUAACCUUCGCCGGUCUCUCCGUAUUCCUGGAAUUCGGUCUCGCCAUUCCUCGCUCGGGAGGAGAGAAGAACUACCUCGAACGCGCUUACAAAAAACCAAAAUACCUCGCAACAUGCGUUCUCGCCGCGCAAAUGCUGCUUCUCGGCUUCUCCUCCGGAAACAGUCUCGCUUUUGGCCGCUACGUCCUCUUCGCGUCGGGUUCUGAAGAGCCUGAUGGCUGGCAAGCUCGCGGCAUCGCCGUUGCCUGCGUGACUUUUGCAGUAGUCUUGCACUCGACGCUGCCGAAAUGGGGUGUGCGCCUCUUCAACGUCCUCGGUGUUUUCAAAGUCAUCAUCCUGCUCCUCAUCGUUUUCGCCGGUUUCGCCGCUCUCGACGGCCGUCUCAAGGUUCCGCCGCCAAACAACUUCGACAACGCGUUCCGCCUCGAAGUCGGCGAUGGGUACGGUGGUGGUGGCGCUUACGCAUACUGCACUGCGCUCCUGCGCAUCGUGUACUCGUACAAGGGCUGGGAAAACGCAAACUACGUCCUAGGCGAAGUCAAGAACCCCAAGAAGACCCUCUCCAUCGCUGCUCCGCUUGCCAUUGGCGGCGUCACGGUGCUCUAUGUCCUCGCCAACGUGGCGUACUUUGCCGCGAUCCCAAAGUCCGAUCUAGCCAAGAGCGAAGUCAUUGUCGCGGGUCUCUUCUUCCGCAACGUCUUUGGCGAUAGCGCCGCUGCGAGGAGUCUUCCGGCGUUUGUGGCUCUGAGCAAUUUGGGGAAUGUGUUGGCUGUCAGCUUUGCGCAUGCGAGGUUGAACCAGGAGUUUGCGAAGGAAGGACUGCUGCCGUUUUCCAAGUUCUGGGCUAGUAUUAAGCCAUUUGGUGCUCCGGCUCCUGCUCUCUUCCUCCACUGGCUCAUCACCGUAAUAGUCCUCGUCGCACCCCCCGCCGGCCCGGCCUACAACUUCAUCACAGACCUCUACACGUACCCGGGCGCGUGGAUCAACGCCUUUGUCGCCGCGGGCCUCAUCUACCUCCAAUACUCGAAACGCGAGCGCUGGUCGUCCCCCUGGCACACAUACCUCCCCAUCUCGGUGCUCUACUUCGCCGCCAACGCCUUCCUCGCCAUCGUCCCCUUCAUCCCGCCAGACGGCGACUGGAACGCAGAGGGGUACCCGUACUUUGUGUUCCCUAUUGUUGGCGUUGGCGUCUUGCUGCUCGGUGGCGCGUAUUGGGUUGGCUGGACUAAGAUUUGGCCAAAGCUCGGUGGGUAUAAGGUCGUGGCUGAGAGGUAUGAGGAUGAAGCUGGGAAUGAACAUGUUAGGUAUGUCAAGUUCUAUACAAAGGGUGCGCCGAGGGCGGGGUGAUGGGGUGGUUUUGGUGAGAGGUGAGAGUUGUGUGUGUGGUGGGUUCGCUUCCUUUUUUCGUUGCUUCCUGUAAUCUUUAAUCUCUAGCUCUUGGGGUGGAGAGAGAGAGGUUGGAAUAGGGUGUGAGUAAGAAGGCAAUAGUAUUUUGUUGCUUUAAGGGUCUGUUGUGGCCUCUCCUUCAUCCCUUCUCUCUUCUCUUCACGUUCCCACUUGAUUACUGGGAAUAUCUUUAUCCGUGUAGUAAAAAAACUGCUUGGAUCAAAUGUAUAUACC